ACAUGCGCCAUUUCCUUUCCAUUACCGUCAGCAGUACGGCUUCAUGUUUUGCAUGAAGAAGCCGUUUUUGGAGUAAAAAGCUCAUCUGAAGGCAAGCUGGGAAAUCUUGGAAGCAGACAUUAAGUUGCUUUAAGAAGCUGUUUGUCACUGUGCCCUCUCGUUUGGCAGAGACAGAGUCCAGCUGUGCUGAGUGACCAGACAUGUCUGUCGCAGAGCUGCUUCUCAACACUCUUGAAGACUUGAUUGAGGAGGACUUCAAAAAGUUUAAGUGGUUCCUCACGAUGCAGGUACUGGACGGUUACAUGCCGAUUCCUAGGGCUCAUCUACAGAAUGCAGACCGGACAGACACAGUGAGUAAGAUGAUAGAGAACUACAAGGAAGAGGGCGCUUUGAAGGCCACUGCAACCAUCCUGAAGAAACAAAGGAUGAAUGACCUUGCAGAGAGACUGUUGAAAGCAGAUGCAGAAAUGACAAGUGCUGCAUCCUCGGCCACCUCCUCCUCUGGUGGGACACCUGCUUUGGCUCCCUCAUUGUCAGCUAAAGAAGGAAGUGUGAUCAUCGCUCCAAUCCUCAACAGUCAGAACCAUGGAACAUGGACCAUAAAUCUUAACAAAAAAUAAUUAAACUCAUGCCAUACAAUAGGAUUACCUAAAACACAGCCCGUGUAUCACUUCCACCUAGUCGUUAAGUCAACAAAGAGUUCUUUUUACUGAUGACAUGAAUUUGGCUUUAAUGUGGAUCAUACAGUCUUGAAGUUGGUAUGAUUACAGCACCAUCUUGAUCACUAUAUUAUGUCACCGUCGAACUAAAACACAACAUAAACUUCAUUGAGAUAGAUAAAUAGAAAAUACAGAUAUGAAAUUAUAUAUAACAUAAACAUACCUCGCUGGCUGACCCAGGCUUGGAGGCAGAAAUGAGGACCUGAACCAAUGAUUUAAACAUUUUAGCCAUUUCUAACUUAAACUGGCCCUUCCUGCUGCAACGUGCAACGAUGAUGCUUCACUGAGAGCGUACAUCACCUUUUUGGCGCACCAGCAGAAUCAACAUGCCAUACAUUAGUUCCUACCUGAGAAUUUUCAAAAUAAAAGUCCUAAUGAUACGUAAAUAUGCAUAACGCUUAAAUAAAAUAUAUUCACUAAACUACGGCAGUGAAACUGUGUUUUUAGUACAGGCAUGAAUAUAGAGAGCUACAAGUAAACAAAAGACGACUGUCACCGGUUGUAACAUGAUGUGAUUGAGGGUUUCUUAAUUUGAAAUUCUUACCCCAUAGUAAUGAAAAUAGAGACCCAUUAAGUGAGAAAGUGUAUCUAAAACUUUUGACCGGUAAUGUAGCUUCCACAAUAAAAACACAUUUUUGACAUAUAA